AUGGCUGAUAUUCGUACACAAGGGCUGAAAAGGCCCGUCGACGUCGCCGAGUACCUCUUCAAGAGGCUUCAUGAGGUCGGAGUUCGCUCAGUUCACGGCCUUCCGGGAGACUACAACCUCGUCGCUCUUGACUACCUCCCUGACUCUGGUCUUAACUGGGUUGGCAGUGUCAACGAGCUCAACGCUGGUUAUGCCGCCGAUGGUUACGCGCGUGUCAAGGGCAUUUCCGCCAUCAUCACCACCUUUGGUGUUGGUGAGCUCUCAGCCAUCAAUGCCCUCGCUGGCGCCUACUCUGAGCAUGUCCCGGUUGUCCACAUCGUUGGAUGCCCUUCCACCAUCUCCCAGAGAAACGGGAUGCUUCUGCACCACACCCUUGGCAACGGAGACUUCAACGUUUUCGCCAACAUGAGCUCUCAGGUCUCUUGCGACGUUGCCAAGCUCAACGACCCGGCUGAGAUUGCCAACCAGAUUGACCACGCGCUUAGGGAGUGUUGGAUCCGCAGUCGCCCCGUCUACAUCAUGCUUCCAACCGACAUGGUUCAGAAGAAGGUGGAGGGUGAGAGGUUGAAGACCCCCAUCAACUUGGACGAGGUUCCCAAUGACACCGACAAGGAAGACUAUGUCGUUGAGGUCGUCCUCAAAUACCUCCACGCGGCCAAGAAGCCCAUCAUGUUGGUCGACGCAUGCGCCAUUCGCCAUCGCGUGCUUCCUGAGGUUCAUGAUCUUCUGAAGAAGGCCGAGAUCCCCGUCUUUGUCACACCGAUGGGCAAAGGCGCCGUAAACGAGACUCACCCGAAUUACGGCGGCGUAUACGCCGGAGACGCCUCACAGCCCGAUGUCAAGGAAAGAAGUGACUUCAAUACGGCGGGUUUCUCCUACCGCACGUCGCAACUCAACACCAUUGACUUCCACAGCACGCAUACGAGGGUCCGAUACUCCGAAUACCCUGGCGUUACCAUGCGCGGCGUCCUGCGCAAGGUCAUCCAAGGUCUUGACCUGGGAAAGCUCAGCAUUGUCCCAUCUCCUGACGUGACAAACAAGAUUCCCAACGGAGACUCGGACACAACUCAGACCAUCACCCAGAAGUACCUAUGGCCGCGAGUCGGCCAAUACCUCCGCGAGAACGACAUUGUGGUCACGGAAACCGGCACGGCCAACUUCGGCAUCUGGGACACCAAGUUCCCCGCCGGCGUCACUGCCCUUAGCCAGGUUCUCUGGGGAAGUAUCGGCUGGUCCGUGGGCGCUGCCCAGGGUGCAGCGCUUGCGGUCAAGGAUGCAGGCGAGGACAGGAGGACCAUCUUGUUCGUUGGUGAUGGUUCCUUCCAACUCACUGCGCAGGAAAUCACUACCAUGCUGCGUCACGGCUUGAAGCCUACGAUUUUCGUCAUCUGCAAUGAUGGCUUUACCAUUGAGCGAUUUAUCCACGGUAUGGAGGCUGAGUACAAUGAUAUUGUGCAGUGGAAGUACAAGGACACCGUUACGGUGUUUGGCGGUUCUGACAAAACGGCCAAGAAGUUCGUGGUCAAGACCAAAGAAGAGCUGGAGAAACUCCUCACCGACGAAGAGUUCAACAAGCCCAAGGCGCUGCAGUUUGUCGAGCUGUACGUCCCUAAGGAGGACGCUCCGAGGGCGUUGAUCAUGACGGCCGAGGCUAGCGCGAAGAACAAUGCCAAGGUCGAGUAA